AGAGAGAGAGAGAGAGACAGAGAGAGAGUUUGCAACAAGUUUGCGUCGCAGAUACAACGCCAGCAUUCAGAGAGCCACACUGACGGACGAAGGAGCCGGGAGGGACAGCGCGGAACAGCCAGCAGCACCGGAGCCCGUCGUCAGCUUCUCCUCCUCCUCCUCCUCCUCCUCCUCCUCCUGCAGCAUCAGUGACACCCACUCUCACACCGCAGCGACAAAAUGCGUGAAAUAGUGCACCUGCAGGCCGGGCAGUGCGGGAACCAGAUUGGCGCAAAGUUCUGGGAGGUGAUCAGCGAUGAGCACGGCAUCGACCCAACAGGAACCUAUCAUGGAGACAGCGACCUGCAGCUGGACAGAAUCAACGUCUACUACAACGAGGCGUCGGGUGGGAAAUACGUCCCGAGGGCCAUCUUAGUGGAUCUGGAGCCGGGCACUAUGGACUCUGUCCGCUCCGGCCCCUUCGGCCAGAUCUUCAGACCCGACAACUUUGUCUUUGGCCAGAGUGGAGCAGGUAACAACUGGGCCAAGGGCCACUACACAGAGGGAGCUGAGCUGGUGGACUCGGUCCUGGAUGUGGUGAGGAAGGAGGCCGAGAGCUGCGACUGCCUCCAGGGUUUCCAGCUCACACAUUCCCUGGGCGGCGGCACGGGCUCUGGCAUGGGAACUCUGCUCAUCAGCAAGAUCCGCGAGGAGUACCCUGAUCGUAUCAUGAACACCUUCAGCGUGGUGCCCUCGCCAAAGGUGUCAGACACAGUGGUGGAGCCCUACAACGCCACCCUGUCCGUCCACCAGCUGGUUGAGAACACAGACGAGACUUACUGCAUCGACAACGAGGCGCUGUAUGACAUCUGCUUCCGCACCCUUAAACUCACCACACCCACCUACGGAGACCUCAACCACCUGGUCUCUGCCACCAUGAGCGGGGUGACCACCUGCCUGCGUUUCCCCGGCCAGCUCAACGCUGACCUCCGCAAAUUGGCUGUCAACAUGGUGCCCUUCCCACGUCUGCACUUCUUCAUGCCUGGCUUCGCCCCCUUGACCAGCCGGGGCAGCCAGCAGUACAGAGCCCUCUCUGUGCCCGAACUCACUCAGCAGAUGUUUGAUGCCAAGAACAUGAUGGCCGCCUGCGACCCGCGCCACGGCCGCUACCUGACCGUGGCCGCCGUCUUCCGCGGCCGCAUGUCGAUGAAGGAGGUGGACGAGCAAAUGCUGAACGUGCAGAACAAGAACAGCAGCUACUUCGUGGAGUGGAUCCCCAACAACGUCAAGACGGCCGUGUGCGACAUCCCGCCGCGCGGGCUCAAGAUGGCCGCCACCUUCAUCGGCAACAGCACGGCCAUCCAGGAGCUGUUCAAGCGGAUCUCCGAGCAGUUCACCGCCAUGUUCCGCCGCAAGGCUUUCCUCCACUGGUACACCGGCGAGGGCAUGGAUGAGAUGGAGUUCACCGAGGCGGAGAGCAACAUGAACGACUUGGUGUCCGAGUACCAGCAGUAUCAGGACGCCACAGCUGAGGAGGGCGAGUUUGAGGAGGAGGGAGAGGAGGAGGUGGCCUGAGGCUAAAAUCACACAUCAUUUCUCCACUGCACUCGUUGCACACAGCUCCAUCCAACCAACCAUCCAUCCACUGAUUUCCGCUCUACUCUGCUCUGCCCUUUUUUCCUUUUUUUUUUCUUUCUUUUUUUCACAGUACUCUCCUUCUCCAGCCCUCUUUAUUCCCUCUGUUUCCAUCUCUCUCACCCUCUCCAGCCCACUCUCCUCCACCCAGAGUGGGAUUAACAACACUAAUACUGACUGUUCCAUUUUAGUUCUCAUGCAAAAGGUAGCGAACCCAGGUGUGCGCGUGGUCUUUGUUCAGUAGCCUUCCGUUGAUGUUCAUUUAUCCUCAUUGGUCAAGCAGUUCCCUGUGUGGACCAAGUAUUCAAUAGAACUGUUGAACUCGCAUACAAUUUAAUCACUUUAAUGUCCAAAUUAGCGUUGAUUGAAAUAAACUUGUUUGGAAAAAAUC